UUUUCAUAACCACUGAUAUCUUUUCUCUUGUCAUUUCAGAAUCAUUUGGCAAAUAAUUCAAACAAUUUACAACUACAUAUAUGACAAAAUCUUUAGAUUCGCUUAUUUUAUCAGUUCAAAGCGCAUCCAACAUGAAACAGAUCAGUACUUUUUUGAAAAAGCGGAUAUUGAAAAACAGGAUGAAAAGCUUGAUGAACCGGAUUUCCCUAAACUCGGCAAAUGUUGCUCGAUACUUCUUAUUAUUGCACUUGCUUUCCUUAUGGCAGUGAGUAAUACGGACAACAUCAUUUAUAAAUCUGUCCGUCCCUACAUAGAAGAGGAAUUCGAAAUAACGGACUUUUAUUCGUCAGUUAUAACUCUAAUGUUUGUUGGCAGCUGUGCAACCAUGGCCCCGAUAUUAUUUUAUUUCUGGAGUACCUUCACCGGACUAAGAGUAAUAUCAGGAGUUGUCGCCGUAAUGGUCAUGUUCGGCAUUGGCAGUACUUUAGUUUCAGAGAAGGUAAUAAUCUGUUUAUGACAGCCAAUGGCAUUUCAAUUCACUAAACAUAUAAAGACAGUACCUACACAGCAAUUCAUUUUGUUCACUCUGUAUCCUAUCAAUGCAUGAGUUUUUAAUUUGUAUCUUUCUGAUUCUUUAGUCAUUCUGGACGUUUGUGUUACUUCGAAGUCUCAUGGAAUCAGUAAAAAGCCAUUAUUUAGCUGCUGCUCCAAUGCUGGUAGCAGAACUUUUUGAUACUGACCAACGACGUAAAAUGCUGACCUUACUUUACAUUCUCAACACUAUUGGAACUUUUGCGGGGACCUUUAUUGGAACGUAUGUAGCCAGCGUAAUAGGAACCGACUGGCGUAUGGCACUGCGGGUAAGAGAAAUAUAUAUGGAGGUAUUAAAGGCUGGGGUGCUAUUAUAUUUAUACCAGUAUAAAAUCAUAUCAUUACCUUGCAAACAUGAAGGGGCAUACUUCUCAAACUUUAAAAUAGAACUCGCCACACGUCCUGGAGACGAUUCCAUUCUCGGUAUUUACUUGUAAGAGAUUUUUUGAGGUAAAGUGAGUAAACUCUCACUAGCACCCUAUAAUAAAUAUGCUUAAAAUGCACAGGAAUGAAGAGACAGUAGCAACAUUUCACUCUGUUAAUCUGCUGGGGGCUUUAUUUCACAUUUUGAGAAAUAUAUUCUCUAUUCUCAUAUGCUGGGUCACAUAACUGAUAUUUAUUUUUAUUUGGAAACAGAUUGCACCUGUGCUUGAUGUGGUGGCUCUUGUGCUUCUAGCAGCAGUGAUGAGAAAGCCAGGUCGAGGUGGUUUUAUGUUGAAGGCUGAAAUAUAUCAGAAGAGAACUAAAGUUUACUCUGAUAUUUUUGAUCUGAUUUUAAACCGCUGUUUGGUCUUUGCUGUUUUGGGUUAUGCAGCUAGUAUGUUCAUUGCUAAUAGCAUGUAUACAUAUGCUCCGAAUGUACUGAGAAAUGCUCGCAUGAUGUCAAAUAAUCACCAGCCUUGUCUGACAGUUGACUGCACCUUCGAUGACAGAUUGAUCUACGGAUUGUGCAAAUGUCUUGCUACUGCCAUCGGCAUUAUUCUCGGCGUGAAGAUCAAUGCACAUUAUAAAAAGCGGAAUCCACAUGGAGAGCCAGUUGUGUGUAUCGUAGCACUUCUGGUCUCUGUCCCACUUAUGUGCUUUGGAUUAUUUUUUGUAGGAAUUAGUUCUGUCGUAUCCCAAAUUCUCUUCUUCCUAAAUGGGAUUUGUUUGGCUAUGAACAAGGUCCUUAUCAACGAAAUCAUCAUGAUGGUAGUGUAUCCAAACCGCCGCGCUUGGUCAUUUACUGAAAAGUCAAUAAUAGGAUUGCUUGGAAAAGAAGGAGGCGAGAAAGAACAUUUAUGGAUUUUUAAAUUUAUGAAGAUAAACUACUCAGAAUCUGACCUGAUACAGAAUCACGCAAUGGAAUUUAUCCUCUACAUUUGUCCAUUUAUGGCUUUGGUCGGAGCAGGAUGUUUCUGUGUAACGGCAAAAUACUUUGAAUAUUAUAAGCAAAAUGUAGAAGACUUUAUGAAUACACCAUUCACAGAUGUAGAACAACCCUUGGAUACGGUGGAAUCAUCUGAUACAAAGUAACAUGAUAGAUGAAGUUGGAAAAAGACCUCGCUGUGAUGCUUCUGAAAUGUUCUGUGAUUAUAAUAAAAUGAAAAGUUCUGUAAUAUUGCUUAAAAUAAAUAACAACCCUUGGAUACGGUGGAAUCAUCUGAUACAAAGUAACAUGAUAGAUGAAGUUGGAAAAAGACCUCGCUGUGAUGCUUCUGAAAUGUUCUGUGAUUAUAAUAAAAUGAAAAGUUCUGUAAUAUUGCUUAAAAUAAAUAAAAAUUAUAUUUCAUAUUGAAAAUAUAGUUUUUCAGCUUACUUGGAAAAAUGUGUUGGUUAAAUAGCACUAAUCUCUUCAGUCUGCAAGUGACUUAAACACUGGAUAUAAAGUGACAGCUGCAACUCCUGUCUCCUCUCAAUGAUCUACCCAAGUGUGUGAUACAGACAGCAGAGGGAGCACGUAGAGCAGAGGAGUGUAAAACUGGGAAUGAGUUUAAGCAGUUACACAAUGCUUACUUGGAAAACAUUCAUUUAUAUGUUAGGGACCAUCCAUAAUUAAAUUGACAAUUAGAUAAAUGUAUGUGGCUCCAUAGAACUCAGUGUAGCCUGCAGCAUUCACUUAAACAACUUUUGAUUAACCAUGUAUAUUUAAAGGAGAACUAAAAAUGUCUGGAAAUGCUGUAUUUUAUAUGCUGGCCUUAUUGUAUCAGCUCAAUGCCCAAAGUUGUUCACAGCAGUCUGAAAUAAUAAUCCUUAUUAUUAUUAUGUGUAAGCUGACAAGUUGCCUGUUUCAAUCAAGAUAUUAUUCAGUCACGCCAGCCAUCUGACGUGUAACAACAUAUUAGAUCAUUUAUAUAUUGUAUAUAUACUGUACAGUAAGUAGAAAGUACCUCGGAGGUGCAAGAAAUAUAAUGGAUUCAUCAGGCUGCAAAUUUCUUGAUUUUCUGAAUUUCCUUGGAUUUGGUAAUUUGUAAAUCGAAUUCAUAAUGGAGGAAAAAUAUAUGUUUGUUUCUUUAAAACAAUAUCAUUUUGGAAUUCCUAUUUUGAAUUUAUGUCUGAUUAUAGAGUCCCUAUAAAAGUGCAAGUGAACUAAUGGGUACGAAUAAAAAAAAUUCAGUGAGGUGCUGAGUGCAACUUUGCCAGGCACAGUCCUGUCCUUACUGCUUGCCAUUGAGUCUGGUCUUGGGGAGGACCUCUGUGCUCUGAAACUAAGUGUUUUAUGCUGUAAUUACUGGGAUUAAUACGUCCUUUAUGCUUAGUCAUUAUACUGGCACAAAUGGUGUUAUUAUGCUGUUUAUCCAUUUUACUUAUUUGCUUUAUUCAUGUAAUUUAGUAAUGAUACUGGCAUUGCUGGGGUUAAUUUAUUUAGUGAUUAUACUGGCAUGCUUGGGAUUAAUAUGUCCUUUAUGCUUAGUGAUUAUACUGGCACAAAAGGGGUUAUUAUGCUGUCUAUCCAUUUUAUUUAUUUGCUUUAUUUAUGUAAUUUAGUAAUGAUACUGGCAUUGCUGGGGUUAAUUUAUUUAGUGAUUAUACUGGCAUGUUUGGGGUUAAUAUGCCAUUUAUCCAUUUUAUUCAGCAAGUAUACUGCCACGGCACUGGCUCUUGUUCAGCUACAACCCCAAGCAACACUCUCAGUGUUAAGUGUAGGGUCGCUGGGGGUUUAGGUACAGCAGGAGCUACGGGUGAGACUUUGUGAUUCACAAAAAGCAGUAUAAAUUUGUCUGUACAUUGUACAUCAAACAUACUGAUAACAUAUGUAGAACCACCUUGUAGGGUUAAAUGCGCUACUGGUUUGGGACAUCCCCAUUAGGCUGAUUUUCCCUAAGUCUGCUAAGCCCCCGUGCCUGUACCCUAGAUAUUUGGCCAUUCCCUGUUCAUGUUUAAUAUACUGACUGGGAGCUCAUGGCUCUGGCUCUUUGGUUUCAACCUGCAGAAUCUGGUUGAUAUUAUUAACCUGGGAAAACAAGUCCCUGCUAAAGAAGAAUAACCUAAUUGGACUGCCCUGAAACCACUCUAUAACAACACUGUACCAUGUGAGUACUAUAACUCUGUGUGUUCAUUAAAUCCAUCAUUCUAAAAUCCUAAAUUUGUCCAGAAAGUGUAGUUCCACUUCUCCCUUCCUCCUCAUGAGGGCCUAGCUGAGAGAGAGGGUCUAAAUGUAGCCAUGUUCUACCUGAAGAGUAGCUGAAACACUGGUUUAGGCUAAG